AUGGCUAAGUGGUGGCGCCUGGCCGCCGUCCUCCUGGUGCUGUGCCUCGCCGCUGUGGCGGCGGCCGCGGCGAGGAGCAUGCCUGCUGACGUCGACUGCGACACCGUCGCAGCGAACCGCGGGGCGGCUGCGGCUGCUUCUGCCGGCGCCGCCGGCGUGGAGGAUGCCAAGACCGCGUUCGGCGGGAGCGACGGCCACGGGGGGCUCUUCGGCGGGUACACCGGCCCGCUCGGCGGUGGCGCCGCCGGGUUCGGCCCUUUCGGCGGGUUCGGGGCCGGCGGCGGGCCCUUCGGCGGAGGGAAAAUCGGUUUUGAGGAAAAUCGAAGAAUUUGA